AUUUGGCAACCUUGUUUCUAGUCACAUAACGAAUAUUAUCCGAAAUGGCUUUUGGUUAUACGUCUAUAUACGUACAUAGGAAUGUUUUUAAAUUUUUCAAUCGAAAUUUUAUUGUAGUUACUUCUAAAUUUGUAAUACAAUUCUUUUUUGUACUUCGAAUAUACAUAUUUGAUGUUUAUUAGAAUCGGGUUCCUACAUUCAUUCAUUUAAUUACAAUUCUUUUGCCACCUCAAAAUGAAUAUAUUAAAAGGUUUGACAAGAAUCAAGUCUAGUUUUGCCCGUUUCAUUGAGACCACCAACAACUUCAUGUGGGUACAUCAUAGUGAGAAAUUCGCUGAUAGACGGUUGGUUGUGGAGGAAUUAUCGGAUCGAGAAUUGGUUAGAGUACAGGGAGAAGAGGUUGUGCCCUUCUUGCAAGGACUCAUAACGAAUGACAUGACUCAUUUGCAGUCGGGCAGUACACCUCUUGCCAAAACUCCUGCAAUGUACACAAUGUUUCUGAAUAAGGCCGGUCGAGUGCUGUAUGAUUCAAUUAUAUACCGCACUCCAGAACUGAAUACGUAUUUGAUUGAAUGCGAUAAAUACAUAUCAAACGAACUUCGACGACAUUUGCGGCUUUAUCGCGUUCGCAGAAACAUUCAGAUAGAUUCUGUAGGCCAAGAGUAUCGCCCAUGGAUUGUUUUUAAUCCAGUUGGCAGCGUUGUUCGAAUGGAUACUAGUGUACAAGUGGGGCAAGAAGUUAUAUCUACACCGGAUCCACGUAUACGGGACCUUGGUACUCGUGUUAUAACAAAAUCAGAUAAAACUUGGAAGGACUUGGCUAAUAUGUUUUCUAAAACGGGUGAUGUGACAGUUGCAAAACCUACAAAUGACUGCAACUACCGAAUGCAUCGCUAUCGUUAUGGCGUCGGUGAAGGUGUUCAUGACCUUCCACCUGGCAAAAGUUUUCCUUUGGAAGCUAAUUGUGAUUACUUGCAUGGUGUUAGCUUUCACAAAGGCUGUUACAUUGGGCAAGAGCUAACAGCUCGUGUUCAUCAUACAGGAGUAGUGCGAAAGCGCAUAAUGCCUUUACGCUUGACUGUUCCAGCGCCACCGAAAUCAUGGACUAUCUCAACCGAAACUGGGACAAACGUUGGCCUAAUUCGUGGUGCAAACUUUGAUAGAGCAUUGGGGCUAUUGCGAGUAGAGCAAGCUUUGAAUUCACCCAAAUUAUUCAUUGACGGCAAAAUAUGCUAUGUAGAAAAACCAUAUUGGUGGCCAUCAGAACUGCCUAAGAAGGCUAGAGUAGAUGGCUGCUAGGAAGCAAUUUUGCAUAUAUUUGACGUAUAUUUAUUAUAUCUCGUCAGAUUUUAUUCUUGUUUUGUAUUGUUUUUAAUCAAAACAAAAUUAUAAUAUAUGAAUAAAAAUUG